AUUGUCAAAGUCACAGAAGGGCAUUGGCCUGACUAGUGCUGCUUCUCCUGAUGCUCUUUCUUCUGUUGAGCCCUCUCUUUCCCUCUUUAGGGGAAGGCUCCUGCCUCCGAUGCUGGCCAGACCUAAUCCCACUGGUGCAAUAUGACUUAGAGGUACUAUGGGGCUCCCAUCAGCCACCCCUGUAUCUUGCUACCUGCCUUCGAGUCCUACUUUUCAAGAAGAAUGUCCCAGUCAAUCCUCAAUUCCUUGAUCGUGCCCAUCUGGAAGAGGAAGCUGCCAUAUUCUUCAAUAACCUAGAUGCUGCAAUUAAGGAAUGGCGGUCUGAUAAGAUCAAGCUCUUGGCCAAAAUUCAAAUCCAUGGGAAACGAUUUCUUCAGGGGCUACAGAAGGCAGCUCAGGAGCUAAAGGACACGGUACUUUUCCCCCAGUUAUGUCAUCCACAGACCCAUCCCCACUCCAGCAGUGGCAGUUUUCCCAUCAUCUUACUUUUCCCAGCAGUCUGCAGUCCAUCCUGUUCCCACACUGGUUCUCCAGCCUCAGGUCCCUCCACAGAGGUAGUUGACUGCAUCAGCUGUGAGAAGUACUAUAUGACCUGCAAGGACUCUGUACUUUGUAAGGAUACCUUCCUACCACAGACCCUUUGGAUUGGAAUUACUAUCAUCUUCAUCCUCUGUAUAUUCGUAUCAACCUUUGGAGCUGGGUUGUACUACUUCUGGUGGAGGCCCCAGAAGCUUAGGAAGGGUUCUGUAGGGCUGAAUGAACCAGCACCAGGAUCAGGACCAGUACCAGCUUCAACACAGACAGCACCAUCACCACUACCACCAACACUACCACCAACACCAGCUCCAUCACCAAUUCCACCACCACCUCCACCACCACCUCCACCACUACCUCCACCACCACCUCCACCACUACCUCCAUUACCACCACAAACAAUACCACAACCACAAACAUCACAAAUAACAUCACUAUCACCAUCAAUACAAACACUACCAUUACCAUCACUAUCACAUACACUAUCACUACUACCACUAUCACAAACACAAAGUAACACAAACAAACCUUCAACUCCACCACCCCCACCAAUAAUACUAACACUAUCAAAAUCACAGCCUUCUAAAUCAUCUUCUGGUUUUUCUUCUGGAUCACUAUGUCUGAGCCAAUGAGAUAGAACCCAGAGACAGGAAGUAAUGUUAGAAAAUAACCAGGCACUAGAGUCCAUUAUGCCAAGAUGUCUAUUAACAAGAUGGAGAGAGAAUUCUUGGUGAACAUGAUGCAACAAAAGAAAUAAAUCAUUUUGUAGAGAAUAA